AAUAGCAUCGUGACGUCAUCAACCUAAAUCAGCUGUUUAUCUCUCGGCUCGGUCGAUAUCUGUCUAGAGUUUUGACGUUGCACGCAUUGUUUCUCAUGGAAAGUGGUGAGCAAUACGGGACGGAGCUGACCACAAAUUGGCCACACAUUACGCGCGUCUCGACGCGUUGCUAUUCGAGAAACUGUUAUGAAACCGGAGCGGAGUGACGCGCGUUUAAAUUCGCGCUCCUACGACGACAUUUGUUUGUGAGGUGACGAGUUUUGCGAAAUUUUGUAAAUUCUGCGAAAUUGAUGAUUUACAAGUGUACCACGCCUGAACUCGUUUAAUUCUGGCACACUGACAUUAAUCGUCGUAAUGUCAAUAAAUUGCAUUAAAUUGCGCGUUAUUCGCGAACAGGCCUGAUAUCGAUUUGAAAGGGAAAAAUGGGGCAAACGCUCAGCGAACCGAUAACGAAGAAAAAGUCGGCCUGUUGUCGGGACAGCAACUACCGAGUGGGCAGCUCCUGCAUGCAAGGAUGGCGCAUUAAAAUGGAAGAUUCACACGUGCACAUACUCUCCUUACCCAGCGAUCCGGGUACCGCGUUCUUUGCCGUCUACGAUGGACAUGGAGGUGCAGCCAUGGCACAACACGCCGGGAAACAUCUUCAUGAGUAUAUAACCAAGAGGAGCGAAUAUAAAGCGGGCGAUAUCGUAGGGGGCAUACAGCAGGGCUUCCUAGAAUUGGAUAGAGCGAUGCAGAAUAACGUUGCUCUCAGGGACGAGCACGCCGGAACGACCGUCAUCGCGCUCAUUAUCAAGGAUAAUAUUUUGUACAGCGCUAACGCGGGUGACAGCAGAGCGGUGGCUUGUAUCAGCGGCAGGACGAUGCCCUUGAGUCGGGACCACAAGCCCACGUUGAAGGAGGAGCGCCGACGUAUCGAAGCGGCGGGCGGUUUCGUCGAAUACAAGAGAGUGAACGGCAAUCUCGCGCUGUCCCGUGCCCUCGGGGAUUUCAUAUUCAAACGGAACGAUCAUAAAUCGCCACAAGAGCAGAUUGUAACUGCAUUUCCCGAGGUACAACAAUUUACCAUUGAUGAAAACUGGGAAUUCGUUAUUUUGGCAUGCGACGGCAUCUGGGACGUGAUGACCAGCGAGGAGGUAGUUCAAUUUGUGAGAACGCGUCUUGCGCAUACGAGGGACGCCGGCGUUGAGUCGGCGAACGUCACGAUACAUCCCGAGGAGAUCUGCGAGGAACUCUUGAACUGUUGCCUGGCACCAGAUGCUCUUAUGGGCACCGGCUGCGACAACAUGACGGUGGUACUUGUGUGUUUUCUCCACGGCAAACCGUGUUCGUACUUAGUUUCGCGUUGCCAAAAACCACCGUCGAUCACGGACGAUAUCGAUUUAUAAUCGAUAACUGUUCUAGGCUAUUAGCGAUAUUUUAUCAUGUUUAACCUAAAUUAUUAUGAAUAUUUUACUUUUGUCUUCGUAUCGAUGCGUGACUUUUGAUAUAGUGAUAUUUGUUGUGCAACAUAUUACGCAAUACAUUGGCUCUGUUAUAAAGAGAUGAAACAGACAUAUUUAUAAAAUACAUUGUAUUUAUAUUUUCACUCUCGA